AUGACCUUGAGUGGAAACCACAGUGAGUUUGCCAUGGAGAAAGUAGCCAUGAUGAAGAGAAAGAACAUGAGUUGUAACAAAGAUGAGAUGGCCAUAUAUGAGGUCACCAGAGGAUAUGAGAUCAUGAAACUGCUUCAGUUCAUGUUCUUGUUCGGUGGUGAACCGCAGGGAGAGCCUCCUGAGGUCCUUUUUGAGAAGGGACUGCAAGCUUUAGAAAUGAGUCUGUCCAUCCUCAAGUACCCCAAUGAUUUUAAUCAUGAUCACGAGGCAAGCUCAUCAGGUUGCAGUUUCAGUGAUCAAGGGAGUACUGUGGUUUCAGAUGAGAUUAAGAGUACUCUACCAGCUGCAACUGGAUCUUGUAAUAAAGAAUUGAAGAGUAUGAAUUCAUGUACUAAUGUCACUUAUUCUCCACAUGAUGAUGGUUACCAAUGGAGGAAGUAUGGCCAGAAGAACAUCCAGAAAACCAAACUCUCAAGAAGCUAUUAUAGAUGCACUUACAAAGAUCAAGGAUGUCAAGCAACCAAGCAGGUUGAAGAGAAGGUCUGCAAUAUUGACCAACCUCUGUUCCUGGCCACUUACACUGGGCAUCAUACAUGCAAACCCAUGACUAAUCCCAUAAUAAAUCCACAAGUUCCCCUUCUCCCCAUUGAAGCAAACUUGCUUAGCUUUGAAUCAAAUUCCAAUAUGAUCUUCAAAAAGGAAUGGCCAAUGCUGUCAUCCCUUUACUCAGCACAUCAGCAAGCCAAUCACCAUGAAGAAGUUCAUAAGAUGCAAACCCCAGCCAGCUCUUCUUCAACAUUGAACUACCAACAUGUGUCUGCACCUUAUCAGAUAUCAUUUAUGGGAUCAGAACCAACUGAUGAUAACCAUGAUGGAAAUUAUAAGAACUCUCUAGUAUCCAUUGAUCAUCAAAGAACAGUGGAGUCAAUGGUAAAUAAUGAAGAGUUUUGGGAGCCUAAUCCUGGGACUGACAUUGAGGAUAUAUUUUCCUAUUCAUGUCUCUCUCCACCUUGGCAUGGAAUGAACAUGGACUACUCCAUGAUGGAUCCAUCAGCAACUGAUGAUGAUUUGGCUUUCCACGUUUCUAAGUGCAUCAAUGGAGUUUUUAAUGACCUUAAUUAA